UCAUUUUCGCUGCGCCUCCUCCUCGCAGCGCCGCCGCAUUCUCUACCCGGCGUCUCCAACCCAUCUGAUCACCUCCAAAAGCUCAGCAGGCCAUGGCUGGAUCCAGCAGCUUGUCCCGCUGAUCGAGCAGCUUAAGCCUUCCCUGCUCUCGUGCGUGCGUGAUUCAUAUCUAUGGCUGCACGGCAGAGUUUUUUGUUCUGAAAAUUAGGAAUUAGUUCGCGCUCCGAAGGCUCUAGAUCUAAAGUGCACAACCGGAGGCUCAGAGAAUUGCAUAUUACUGCUGCAGCUGCAGGGUAUUGGAGGAGUAGUUGGUCCGAUGGGUCGCAAGUUUCUGAAUAUGGUCCUGCACGAGUAUGGCAGUAGAAUGUAUUCGCUGUGCCGCAUCAACCUCUCCACUCAUCUCUUCUACCCGACAGCAAAGGACGCAGCAACAGCCCAUGAAGACGCGAACGCAAGGAAGAAGAAGAAGAAGCAUGGGGGGAUAAUAUGGCCAUCGACGAUCUCGAGCUGCAAGCGCCUGCCAAGAACGGUGGUCAACUUUUCGACGCCGCCCAGCACCGCCGCCGCCAGCAACAUGCGUUUCUUCUCCCUCCUGCCCGAGCUGGGAGAGACCAGCGUCAUGUUCGCCGACCCUUCCUGCAAUUCCUCGGUCUACGAUAUGGGCACCAAGUCUUUCGUCCUCACACCCCAAUCAUACUUCUGCAAGCCGUAUGAUUCCAUCGCCUUGUCCGUUAGGAACCUAUGCAGCGGCGGCAAUUUAUUGGACCACGAAGACGACCACGGCCUCUACGUCAUGAACAGCAUAGACGACAGCUUUGAGUUCUUCAAUUACUGCAAGGUUGGCUUGUCUACCUAUCCGUUGCUGUACAAUAAGUGGUACUGGAGCCCUCUGCCGCCCCCGCCGUCCGGCGGCCGUCCUCUCGUUGCGGCGGCGGUGAUCGACAGCUCCAACGCCAUAUGCGCGUCGUCCAAGCACGGCACCUACACCUUUGAUGUUUCGAGGGAGGUGUGGAGCCACACCGGCAGCUGGGUGCUGCCCUUCCACCGCGCGGCAGAGUAUGUCCCUGAGCUCGGACUCUGGUUCGGCCUCCAGGCCCCUGGCAAUGGCACCCCUCAAAAUCGCUUGUCUGCAUUUGACCUUUCGUCCUCUGCCAUGGCGGAAUCUGCUCCUUCGUCCCUGCAUGAUUGGGAAUACCUCGAUCUCCUCCCCGAGGAGUUGCUGCCUGUGGGGCGUGCCUUGGUGAACCUGGGCUCUGGCAAGUUUUGCAUCGCGACCCACUGCAGGAAGGAUAGGUCUGCACUACAGGAGGAGGACGAGCUGGAGAAUAUUAGGAGUUUGGGUGGAAAUGGGGUGUGCAAACUCUCUUGACUGGCGUGGAGGUGGUCCGCUGCGCCGACGGGCUCCAGCUUAUCCACCACAAGUCCCAACGUUACAACAUUGAAAACGUUAGAAUCCACUGCGUGCUCUAGCUCAUUUUAUUACUUGCCGGAUCAUCCCAGCCUGAGCCAUGUAGGUAGCUUUAAGCUGGAUGCAUCACUCUUAUGGUUACCUCUAAGUUGAGACUUGACAAAAUAAUACUACUCCCUCCGUCUCAUAAUAU